GUUCGGAAGCUGCGGGACUGCCCCCGGCGAUUCUGCUGAGUAGUGUGUGAGUCACUCGGAUCGACCCUCCCCGUAUCGGCCGUAUAUAUCACCUGCCCGGGGCCCGCAGCCCGGGAAUCGCACCGACUCCGAGAAGCCCCGGCGACUGAUACACCCAGCGAGAUGACAAUGUGGUUCCCACGGGCGGGAUCACUGGCACAGCUGGCACUUUGCUCCCUGCUCGUGGCCCUGGCACAGACUGGCACCGUCGAGUUGCCCACCUUACAGUGAAAGAUUGGUGAGACCGGAGAGCUGCUGACCUGCAGUAUGUGCCAGCCGGGCAGUCCGUUGGCAAAUUGCACCCCCUCGCACAGCCCAACGCAGUGCCAGCCUUGCCCACAGAACCACUAUACCCAGUACUGGAACUACCUGGCCAAGUGCCGCUACUGCAACGUCUUCUGUGGGGACAGCGAGCGGGUACAGCACGAGUGUAAUGCCACCCACAACCGCGUGUGCCAGUGCCAAGCCGGGUACCACCGGGGCUCCCACUUCUGUGUCCCACAUAAAGAGUGUGGCCCCGGGCACCGGGUUUCACAGGAAGGGACUGCAGAAUCCGACACGGAGUGCGCCCCCUGCCCCCCCGGAACCUUCUCCGACCGUCUGUCCUUGGAGAAACACUGCCGACCCCACGCCAACUGCUCUUCUCUCGGCCUGGAGACCAACGUGCCCGGGACCCCCCACCAUGACACCCUAUGUACCCGCUGCCUGGGGCACUAUAAUCUCCAGGAGGUGAAUGCAGAAUGUGAUGAGGCUGUUCAGGAUUUCUUGGUCCAUCAGAAAUUGGGUCCCCGUCGCAUCCGGCGCCUUCAGCAAAGCCUGAAUGGUCAAGACAAGGUGGGGAGGGAGGCGGAGCCUAACAGGAGACUCAGACAUUCCGUGGCGCAGCUGAGGGCCACCCACCCAGACAAGCCCCUCCUACCCACACUCCUGCCAAUCCUGCGCAGAGCCGGACUGGGUCACUUGGAGGAGGAGUUACGGAUCCGCUUCUUGCAGCACCCGGAUAGGUUGGUGUGAGCGACGGACUGGCCAUUCCUUCUGCAUUAACAGUGGCCCCUGUGGCCCCCCAGCUGUUACUGAGCCUCAGCUCCCAGAAUCCCCUGUAACACACUGCACAGACUCAGUAGCGCCCGGCGCAGGGUUGCGGUGGAUUCUGCCCGACUCUAACUGGGUCUUGUACCCCCACGGGGCAAUUAAUACUGACAGAGACAGCACUGAAAGGGUUAAAGAGUUUUUAGAAGAAAAGACUGUUUUUCAUCAUAAUAUAAACAAUUGAUGGUUUUGUA